GUUCUGCACGUACACGUCAAACACUGCGCUCCACGCAGGUUCAUAAAUCAGCUGUGACAGGACGCUGCAUGUUUCACCACAUGAAAAAUGGACACGAGCGAUGGUCGCUGCGCAGAGGAAGGUGCUCUCUUUUUUAUUCUUUUUGCGAUGAGCAGACUGUGGGGUAGGCCUAUAUUCUCCACGCACCCACAUUCAAAGUGACCAAUCUGCAGGACCAAACUCGCACUUUGCUGGCGCACGUCCACCGCUUGGUUUAUUGGUUCAGAGCUGCAAGAGUGUCGGCUUCUGACGCAGCCGGAGCACCUAUCCGCGAGGAGGGACACUGACACCUGACGGCUCCAUCACCCGACACGCCGGUCUUUGCCAUCACGACCACUUUCGGCUCUGCAGUGCGGGGUCUGUUGCGUUUUAUGGAAGCGGAGUCUUCGCAUCCUGUCGUGGUCAUGCUGCCCCCAAAGAACUGCCUGCCAAGGAACUACAGCUGCAUAGCUGGGCUGUUCGGAAGCCUGGCAGCGGCGAACCCGCGGCUUGAAGAUGGGGAAGAUUUUGACAGAAUGAACGGCACUUGUGAGCCCAUCGAAAGCCCCGUGGUGGACGAGAGACCGCGGGGCAGAGAGAUCUUCCUGAAGCCUCCACAGAGUCCAAAUCUGCGUCGGAGGUGCAAGUCGCUGCCCACACCCACAGAGAGAGCAAAGUUAGAAAUCUCCCGCAGCAGAAGUCCAACCAGUCAGAAAAAGGUCCGGUUCGCCGACUCACUGGGCCUGGAGCUCAUUUCAGUGAAGCACUUCGAUGACACUGAUGAGCCAGAGGUGCCGGAGCGCAUACUGGCAAAACUGCACAAAGGACCCCUCCACCAUAAUCAUUUAGAAACCAAAUUCCCCCGGGCUCCUACACAGUCUGUGUUCAUGGAAUUGCAGUUCACCAACCCAGGCACACUACCCGGCUUUGAACAGAAAGUGCGGGAGGUGAAAGUCAUGUUGGAGAGCGUCGAGGCGGACGAAUUCAGCCUCUCCGGGUUUGUGCGCGUUUUGAAUCUGGCUUUCGAAAAGAGCGUCUCUUUGCGGUAUUCUCUAAACAACUGGAUAACAUUUAUGGACAGUUUGGCGUCCUACGUUCCCAGCUCAAGCGACGGCGUCACUGAUCAGUUCCGCUUCAAGAUCGUCAUGCCCACCUACCUCGACAACGGAGGAACAUUUCAGUUUGCAAUUAAAUACUGUGUCGGCGGGCACGAGUUCUGGGACAAUAAUAAUGGGAACAACUACAAAGUGCGGCGUCACCGGUUCAAGAUGUCCCCGCCGCGGGAAUGGGAGAAUGGAUGGAUUCACUUUAUCUGAGCUUUGUCGUCUGCAGAGGCACACUGCGUGCGUAAUUUGCGCGUAACCGAUCCCCGGGUACCUUAAUUAUGACUGUAGCCUGUUAAUGAUGUUUUUUUUCUGCCAUUGUCAGCUACACACGUGCUCUGACACUGAAACAAUUCCUCACAAUAAUUCAAAUAUUUGGUAACAGACGGAGUGUUGGAGACUGCUGUAUGAGCAUUUGAUAGGUGCCCGAUGUGGGAUGCUGUUAGAUAAAUAGCCUUGAUGUCAGGGCUCUGUACAGCUUGGUACCCUUUGGGAGGGCAUGAUCACGUUAUGUAAUGUAGAAACACGUGCCACGGAAAACGUGCCGGGCAAUGCCGACUUCAGGCAUCACUGUUCCCUUCAGGAGAUGCUGAUAUUUGAUUGCAUGAAUAAUCCUCAGUUUGUGCAAAAACGCUGGCUUAAUAGGAAGCAGAAAGCAUCACAUUUUGGCUGGCAUGGAUGCCGAGCGAACCUAUAGGCCUGGUAGCAUACUCCUCUGGUGGUCCCCUUGGGGAAACACAGACACACAUACGUCUUACUGAGACGACAGACAGAAAUGUGGCCAUUUCAUUCAAAAAAUUCAGUGCAUUAUUUCCUACUAAUUUCCUCAUGCCAGUGAAAUUGCCUUAUUUUAAGCCGUGAUGUGGGAAAUUGUGCACUGAAUGUUGUACAGUGGACUAUUUUCAUUAGGCUUUGAUAGACUAAUGCACAUAGUUAUCUUCAUUACACUUGCAUUUUAAAAUAAAGCCUGCAGACACUGAGAAUUAGUGCUCAUAUACCUGUGGGCUUCCAAUCCAGGGACACCAUACUUAAUCAUAAACCUGCCUUUCAGUUAUAUAUUUGCAACUAUUUAACACUCAUUGUGCUGCAUUCAUGUAAACAUUCAUAAAUCAAGGAGGCCUCACCAUAGUCCAAAGACAAUGAACUCAAAAACGUUUUCUCUAGUCCCUAAAUAAUAAUGGCACCAUGCAUAUUCCAUCAAAUCAUAAAGGCUAUAUUUAUAAAGAAUGGGCUUCGACACUCUCACACUGUGAUAGGAAGGUUUUUUUGGUGAAUCAACCCCUUGAACGUGGUCCCCCCCCACCAGGGAAAUAAAUCAAGUAGCUGUUUGCAAGGUUAAAUUUACCUCAGAUUACCUUUGGACACUUCUUCUUCAGGUUUAUCAUUGUAAGACAGAUUUUAUUUUCACAGUAAUUAUUUUCUAACAAACACAGAAACGUAUUAUUGUACAUUUAGAGAUUCCAAAACACAAUGCUUCUUCAUUUCUAACAUUCCUGACUGCACUGUGUAACUUUUUAUAGAUCAGUGUUGUCUGUAGACAUGGUAGCUAUCACACGAACCACUGUGUUUAACUGGCUUCUAUCCUCAGUCACCACUGUGCAAGAAUAGUGCUGCUCCUUACACCACACAUGACCAAAGUAGUUUGAACCACCUGAUUGGCUGACAUUUACAUCCUUAGAUGGCGAACUGUUGUCUGAUUACUUCAUUUCUAUACAUUUAUACAACCAGCCUUCCCUCUACAACAGUUAAUGUUACGUCCAUUUGUUUUUUAUGAACUCAUUGGCAAGUAGUCUUCCGACCAUGCUUCCAUCGUCGUGAUCAUGUACUCAGUCUUAACGGCAAACAAACUUGCAUGUUGUAGACAAGUGAGUUUACUUGAAUGGAAAUAUCCAUCAGGCUUUUUUAGUUGUGUCAUAUUGUCAAAGUUUUUGUAGCAUGUAGAAAGUUGUUCAUCAAGCAGAGGAACAACAGACAGGGUGCUUUUAAUUCCAGUGCUCUGGCUGUAAUCUGAACAUCACUUUGUCCUUUGUUUACAUCAUCAUGGCCUCAGAGGGAAGCUCUCCAUUUAAUGAGGCCAUCAGGUUGGGAUGUGGAUAAAGACUAUUCCUGUAACCACUUAGGUUUUGGAGCAGCUCCACUGUGAAUCCAUCAGAAAUGCUUGUCUCUAAAUCUGACAUGGUUUGUGUUGGAACUUAAAUGCUGUACCUGAUGUUGUUAGAAUAGUUUUGAUGAAGUGAGAGAUGGCUAGCACUGACCUGAUAUUUGCUUUGACUACAUGUAGCUUUAUCAUGUACAGAGCUUUAUUUCUCUCACUGGUUUAUUUACACUGUGGAUAUAAAAAAGGUCUGGCCACUGUAGAGCUUACUGUGUGUUAUGUUGUUAAAUAAGUAGCAUAUUGUCUGCUUUGGUCUGUGUAAGCUUUGUUCAAGCCUUCAUGCUGUGCAAUACCAGAAAGUAUUUGUUAUUCAGACUGAGACUACUGAUGUGGAUACAGAGAGAUGCAUCAAUACCAAUCAGUCACUGCCAACACAGAUUGUGCUUUUUUAGAUUUUAACAUUUGGCUGAGACAAAGUCGGUACAAGAUUUUCUCUCUUUAGUCAACAAUGUCCAGUUUGGGAUUGCGUGACGCAAAUGACCGUCUGAAUAUGAUGCUUUUUCCAUGUUUCAUUACAUGUGACUCUUUGGUUUAAGUUUCCAAAAAACUGUAAGAUACCAGUGCUCAGUUUUAGUCUGGUAUCUUCCACACUUCUCUUGUUAUUGGUGCAUCCCUACCAUAAAGGAAAUGAAGGGCUUCUGGUCAAUUAGAUUUUCACCUCGGUGUAUACAUAACUUUUUGCAUCAAAACUCACUAAUAUAUACUGUAGAUGUGUAUGCAAAUGUGUUAAUGUUUCAUAUUGAAUGUCUUCCUAUUACUGUUAUAUGUCAUGUGUAUUUUGAAGCAUCUUAAAAGCAGAAUUUAGAGAUGCAAAUGCUGAAGGUUUGUUAUCUGAUGAUCCUGGGAAGUUGGAAGAUAGAAUAUGAGCCCAAACCUACUGAAAUCCUAAAGCACACUUACUAUUAAAUUUAAUGGUCAAAAAUUUAAACAUAAUUUAAAAUAAGGCUGCUUGUUAAAUUGGUAUUACCACUAAAUGUUUUAUACAUCCGUGAGAUGUUGCAGAAUUUUCCCUGAAAUAUGAAAUAUGUAUCAACAUGUGAGCAGUGUAUCUGAAUGAAAUGAAUACAUGUGCACAGCUACAGGUGUACACUGCCUUACUAAAAUAUGAGUUUACUUGACGUGAAGCAAAGCUGGAAAGAUGCAAGUGCUUGUUUGUUAAGAAGUAAGGUGAUAGUAGAAGGAUGAGAAGAUGUGGAUGCAAGACAAUGACAAAGGCAUAUGUGCCUUGGCAAGAUAGUGAAGGUGAGAUGCACUUUGGUGUUUGAUAACUUUUAUCAUGAGCGACUUAUGAUUGUAGCAGAAUUAGUCAAAGCAGGCCUAAUGCACUUUGAGUGAAAAGAAGGAAAGGGCCAGGAUUGCAGGUCACAAUAUAUGUAUGAAAGCUUUUCCUGUGAAUAGCUACUAACCAAGAUGUUUUCCAUUCUUUGUCAUAUUUUAUAUCUCUUUUCUCUCACUGUGGACAGCCUAAUUCACUUCUGUCUUAUUAAUAACCAUUGUAUGCCACUGAAUACAUUUCAGUGAGGUUUCUUUUUGGCUUUGCAAAUCCUAUGCAACCCUCUUUGUGUUGUAACAUCUGCAGUCAACUUAAUGUGUGUAAUAUGUUAAUUUGUACUGUGUGCUGUCUAUUUUAUUCUCUUUUUGCAGUGAAUGUUAACCAUGUCUGCAUGUACAGCAGUAACAUACCUUUAUUUUUAUGUUACGUUUUUAAUGUAACCUAUAUUUUGUUAAAACAAUGGUUAAUAAAGGCAUUUGUGAUGGAAACCAAA